UUCCAAAAAAAUACCAAUCAAUGCAAGCCUAAAGAUACACAAAAGAAGUGCCCGGUAUAAAAUAAGUCUCUCGCCUUUGUGUGUUACUACAUUCGUUUUUCCCAUCUUUCUGCCUCUUUCUUGAUCUGGUGGUCUACUUUUUUUGCACUUUCAGCCCCGGAGAUCCUGAGGAAAGAUGACCUUCUACGAUGACAUUUACCCAUUCUACCCYUUACCAAGAACCUCCUUUAUCUUCAACACCCACCUCCUCACCAUUAUCCUGGUCUUCCUGGUCCUCACGGUCAGCUUCCUUUUUAUUCUGCCAGGUAUCAGAGGCAAGUCGAGACUGUUCUGGACGUUCAGAAUCAUCAUCAGUCUCUUCAUAGGUGUAGUAAUCGUAGCACUGAAUUUCACCAGUGACUGGGCUGAGGCCCGAGCCACCACCAACGCUACCUACAAGUCCUUCAGCAGUGAGGAGGUGAACGCUGAGGUGGGACUGCACGUUGGACUGUACGGCAUCAACAUUACUUUAAGAGGGAAUCCUGUGAAUCAACUGAACGAGACCAUCAACUACAACGAGAUGUUUGAGUGGAAAGACACCAUCGACGAGGAGUACGAGGACGCCCUAGAGAGAGGUCUACCUAACCCCAUCCUCUAUAUCGCUGAGAAGUUUACCCUCAACAACCCCUGUGGCCUCAUCUACCAGUAUAGAUACUCUGGGCGCUACGCCUCGGCCACUCUCUGGACAGCGUUCUGCUGCUGGAUGGUAGCCAACGUGCUGUUCUCCAUGCCUGUCAUCCUGUACGCCGGCUACAUGAUGGUGGCCACUGCCGCCUUCAUCUUCUUCUCCAUGGCCUCYUUCUCCACCAUCAUGAACCUGCCUACCUGUCUGUUCACCAUCGGCACCUCUGGAGCCUUCCAGACAGAGUACAGCGGUUCUUUCUGGCUGGCGCUGGCCACAGGUGUCCUGUGUCUGGUCAUCGGAAUCCUGGUGGUUYUGCUGGACUGUCUGAUCCCUGAGAAGAUACGAGAGGCCUUCAGCGUCGGGGUGGACAACGAUGAAGAUGAAGAUGUUUGUUUUGGAGAGGGAUACCUGAACUCCAACUUCCUGGCAAGCGUAACCACCACACCUUUGACAACCUUAGUACUUCCUACGGAUGAAAUUCAGAAAGACAGCCACCAACCAUCACUCCAGGAGCUGUCAAUCGCAAUGUAACGUAACGUAGCAGGUGUUAAAAACACGCCUGAGCGGAGUUCCCACAUCCGGUUUUCAGCAGAAAAGUAAAUCCCUGAAAACCGGAUAAGAUCCGGUUGUUGGCAACUCCUCUAAGUCAGAUUAGAGUCAGAUUCAUAACCUCACUCCCCAGCUUGAAAGAUCUCUACCGCACUAUUAAAUCUCUAGCUUUUCGACAGCGUAGGUGGKUUAAAACGGUGUCAAGGAGGGCAGUCACGUGCGAGACGUUAGCCUCUGUCGAGUMCCCAACAACCGGAUGUCCUGGCUUCCUGUCUGGCUGUGAGGCGACGAGGGAGGAAGUGUUACCGCUAGACUAGCACAGUGACCUCCUUUAACACAGGCCUCUUGUACUGUACUGUACUGUACUGUAAAUAAUGUGUAUAAAAUGUGUUCUACUCUGUCAAUGCCAUAAUUGGUUAUUAUUAGAUGUGUUGUAUUAAAUGUCAUGUUCAAAUAGUGUACGAAAAAGUAUUAUUUUUUUUUAAUUGCGAGAUUCACACACUUUUUUUACUGGAGAUAAUUGAGUCAGGGUAUUCAAGUAAUUGACGAUGUGCUCCUUGUGUAAUAACCAAAUGGCACCCUAUUCCCUAUAUAGUGCACUACUUUAGACCAGAGCCCUAUAGAACCCUAUUCCCUAUAUAGU